UCCUCUCGCAGUAAAAGAGCUUCCAGUGAAAUGAGAUGAUAACAAUCUCUUUAUUCAGUUCAAAGUGAAUUAGAUCAAUGAUUAAUUAUUUAGUUUUUUUCAUGCAAUUUUUGUAUUUUUUUCAGAGAAAUAUUUUUACUUAUUACUAAUAUUUAAUACUCAGAUUUACUCAUAAAAUUCUACUUUAUUAUUAAUUUUAAAUGCAGAUUUUUGUCUUCCUGGUGCUGAUAACUUUAGAAGAUUACUUUAGUAUGCUCUGUAUGUUUAAUAGAACUGUUAAAGGGACUGUUAGCGUAAUUUCAAGUAACUCUCCAGUCUCCAUGCAAGGAUGGCCGAUUUACUACGAUACCCUUGAAACCUUAAUCUAAUCAAACAUAGGGUCGUAUUUCUGACUCAAAAAUUGUUUAUUUCUGUGAAUUUCUUCAUUUUUUCUAAUGAGCAAGAAAUUCGCAAGUCACUUUCGCGCAGAGACACCGCAAAUGAAAAUAAACAGUUUAAAGAAACAAAAAACUUGGGUAUCUAAUUAACAUUUUAUCAGACAGCGCUUUUAAAGGUACAGUUGUGAAUUGGGCAUUGCCAUCUUUAUUAGAAGGGUCGCUUGAAAUUACGCUUACAGUCCCUUGUGUCUCUUUAAGUGUAAGAAACUUAUUUGAGGGUCAUUAAGAUUAUGUUGUCAAAAUAAAGUUGAUGUUCGCCCAACUGAACUUCAGUUUGAGGUCGGAACUACUGUAUUGUUAAUGCACUCAGAAACCACUAAUUGCUAUCUUCUGUAGUCUGACCAUUGGUUAUUUAAUUUCAAUAACUCUCAUCUAAAUUGUUUUCUUCCAAAAAGUACGAACCCCAUUUAUAUUUUAUGAUAAUUUAUUAAGUUUUCUAAACCAUUAUUGAAAAAAAUAUUUUGUGCAUAAAAAGCAUGUUUAAUUCAACUUCAGAUAUUAUUUACAUAAACAGUUUUAUAUAUGGGGCAAAGAACGACAAAUAGUCAUUGUUACCUCUUGGUUCAGAUAUAGACAAAUAUAUAAUUUUUCUUAUUAUGCGAACAUUGACACAGAUGUAAAUGAUAUAAAACGAUCUUCUGAAAAUAUAAUUGUAUGAUGGAGACCCCUUGUCCCCCCUAGUGUAUAGUUUUAUUUGUUUUUUACCAAUCCUAAAAUUGUAUCUCAACAUUUUUAUGUUACGAACAGAAAAUUAUUUAGUUUGUUUCGUUUCAGUUAUUAAAUAGUCUUUAAUAUAUUUUUAUAAAUAUUUAUGAUAAUAAAGUUAUGAUGUGCUCGUAAAUAUUUCAGAUAAAAUGGGUCCGCCGAGAUUGUUGAAUCACAUGAGCAAUAUUCUAGGUCCAGAUCUUUCAGUUCUUAAGCCUCCAAUCCUGACAACAAUAACAGGCAUGAAACAGGCAGUACACAGCCUCGAGACUGGUUCCUUGGAGGUUAAACGUGUUCUGCUGAACGAGGCCAACCUUAUUUACGAGUGCAAAGUCUGCCUUGGGAUGUUUAGGAGUAUAGCUAAUCUAGUCGCACACAAGCGUUCCUUUUGCAAGGAACUGUCCAGCAAUGUGAACCACAAGUUCUCCGGACAGGACAAGGAGAAUCAGACCACCGUGGUGAUCAAGGCGGAGGAUACGCAAUGCUCCUCCGACCCUGAGAACUGGAAUAUGGAUAAUUAUUCACCUAGUAUGGAUCUCAUCAGAACCUCAGGGAUUAUCAAUGACAUCCUCUUCGCUCCUCUUGUGAACAAAUUGAAGCCCGAGAAAUCUCGUGAUCUUAAAUCUGUUGCAACUUAUCUCACCGCCAUAGCUUCACAAGAUCCUAACUCUGUUUACAGAACGAAUAAGUUGAAUGUGACAGAAGAACCAAAGGAGAGAAGAGUACUACUGGAACCCAUAUAUAAUACCAAGAAUGCUCUCUACCAAACCUGGAAGGUGUCUGAGGGCCAGGAGUCAGUAAAGGAUAUGAACGGGAAAAUAAACCAACAGAAACUUGUUGAUAAUCAUAUUGUGAUCAGGUUCGAUGAAGAAGAAGGAGAGAAAGUAGAACCAAACCAGAAACCAUUGACUCAGACAGUCCCGAAGAACGACGAUUCUUCAGAAAAUCUGAUUCAAAGAUUACCAUGUAUGUUCUGCAAAGCUCACUUUACGUCAUGGAAAAGUGCAAAGAGACAUAUGACACAGUCUCACAAGAAAACUAUCGAGUUUGUCGAUAGCAAACGAGAUGCUGUAUUUAGUAAUGCUUUUACAGGUCCCAAAGGAGUAUGGCAUGUGGUUGAUAAACUAGGACACUCAGCUGUUCCCCUGAAUCCUGAACCCUCCGUCCUCCCAGAUGGAAAGAUGGAAAAUAGCGUGACUCCUGUGAAAUCUGUUAGUGUAGAUAUAAAGAAACUAAACCUUGUCAAAGAAGAUAUCUGUAGACUAGUUGGUACUGACCAGGUGUGCCCGAUGCUUAAAACUAAGAUUGGACCCGGGCUGGACUGGGAUCAGAUAUCUGUCAUGAAGCAUACUAGGGAGUUGGAAAAUAUUCCAGAGGAAGUUGACAGAAAAAUCAUGGAGCACAUUAAUCGACGGCAUCUUCAGUGUAAGAUCUGCUAUAAGCGGUUUAGAGGAACCUUUCUGGCUAAACAGCACGUGGCAACCACACAUCUCAAGCUAUAUAGGUAGAUUUUCAAUAUCAUGUC